UGCGCAUAUAACUCUUUAACACUGCGUAACACGACGCUUUAUUUAUAUAUAUAUUUUUGUGUUUAUGUCGUGAAUUCACAGUUUCAUAGUUUUGGUGUCUGAAGUGUGAUUGUAUAUGAUUUCAGUGUUUCAGUCGCGCGAGUUUCCCAUGAUGCAUUGGGUUUGCGCGGUUUUAUUUUCACUUUCGUUCUCUCGGCCAGUGAGCGGUUUGUUCCGAGGAUCUGGGAAAAAACAUUAAUGACAAAGGUGUGAAAUACAGUUCCUGUAGAACAUGGCCCUCCUGGUGCUCCUCCUGUGUUUGUGCUCCGUGUCAUCGUCUUGGACUGCAGUGACGCAAGCCAGAGAAGAAACCGAGUCCUCCUUCCCAACAUCGACCAGCGGAGAGACGUUCCCCUGGAACAAGAUGAGGCUUCCAGAGACCGUCUCUCCGUUUCAUUACACUCUCCUCAUCCACCCCAACCUCACCAGCCUCGACUUCACAGGGAGAGUGAAGAUCCGAGUGGACGUCCUCCAGGACACACACACCAUCGUCCUCCACAGCAAGGAGCUCAACAUCUCCAGAGCCGUUCUCCGCAGUUUGGCUGAAGGUCAGAGCCAGGCUCUCAGGGUGCUGGAGUAUCCGGCCUACCAGCAGAUCGCUCUCAUCAGUGAACACAUGGUGCUGAGGAGAGGAAGUGUGUACAUCAUCGAGCUGGAGUUUGCAGCCAAACUGUCCGAGAGCUUCCACGGUUUAUAUAAAAGCACGUACCGCUCCAGUGAUGGAGAGGAACGGGUGCUGGCCUCCACACAGUUCGAGCCGACGAGCGCGCGAGCAGCUUUCCCCUGUUUCGAUGAACCUGCAUUCAAAGCCAACUUCUCUAUUCACAUUCGCCGUGAGAGUAGACACAUCACCAUCUCCAACAUGCCCAAGCUGAGGACGCUGGCUCUCCCAGGCGGUCUGUUUGAGGAUCAGUUUGACGAGACUGUGAAGAUGAGCACCUACCUGGUGGCCUUCAUCGUGUGUGACUUCCUGUCUAUCAGCAAACACACUCAGCAUGGAGUCGAGAUCUCGGUGUACGCUGUACCUGAGAAGAUAAAGCAGGCCGAGUUCGCGCUGGACGCUGCAGUGAAGCUGCUGGACUUCUACGAUGAUUACUUUGACAUUCCCUACCCUCUGCCUAAACAAGAUCUGGCUGCAAUCCCGGACUUCCAGUCAGGUGCUAUGGAGAACUGGGGUUUGACCACGUACAGGGAGUCGGCUCUGCUCUUUGACCCCCACAAGUCCUCGGCCUCCGACAAGCUGGGCAUCACCAUGAUCAUCGCACACGAGCUCGCUCAUCAGUGGUUCGGUAAUCUGGUCACGAUGCAGUGGUGGAAUGAUCUCUGGCUGAACGAGGGCUUUGCUAAGUUCAUGGAGUUUGUGUCUGUGAACAUCACCAACCCCGAGCUGCAAGUGGAGGACUAUUUCCUUGAGAAGUGCUUCGAGGCGAUGGAGGUAGACUGUUUAAGCUCCUCUCACCCCGUGUCCACCCCCGUGGAGAACCCGGCUCAGAUACAGGAGAUGUUCGAUGACGUGUCUUACGACAAGGGUGCAUGUAUCCUGCACAUGCUGAGGGAGUUCCUGAGCCCUGACGUAUUUAAGGUGGGGAUUGUUGCCUACCUGAAACGCUACAGCUACCAGAACACCGUCAACACACACCUGUGGGAGAGUCUGACCGCUAAGCAGCACUCUGAAGACGAGGUGGACGUCAGGGCGAUGAUGGAGACGUGGACCCUGCAGGAAGGCUUCCCGCUCAUCACGGUGGAGGUCAGAGGUCGUGAAGUGCGCCUGAGUCAGGAGCGAUACCUGAAGGGCGAGGACUCGUCCCAAACCUCUGGAUUUCUGUGGCACGUUCCUCUGACGUACGUCACCAGCAGCUCGAGCACAGUGCAUCGCUUCCUGCUGAAGACUAAGACAGAUGUGCUGUACCUGCCCGAGGAAGUGGACUGGAUCAAGUUUAACGUGGACAUGAGCGGAUAUUACAUUGUCCAUUACGAGGGCUCGGGCUGGGACGACCUCAUCACUUUGCUCAAUCACAACCACACGGCUCUGAGCAGCAAUGAUCGGGCCAGCCUCAUCAAUAAUGCCUUCCAGUUGGUCAGCGUGGGUAAGCUGCCACUGGACAAAGCCCUGGACCUGUCGCUAUAUCUGAGUCGGGAGACUGAGAUCAUGCCUGUGACGCAGGGCUUCAGUGAGCUCGUGCCACUUUACAAGUUGAUGGAGAAGAGGGACACACUGGAGGUGCUGGAGAACCAGAUGAAGAGCUACAUCGUGCAACUGUUCCGCAAGCUCAUUGAUCAGCAGGUGUGGAGUGAUGAUGGAUCGGUGUCUCAGAGAAUGCUGCGCAGUUAUCUGCUCCUGUUUGCGUGUGUGAGGGAUCACCCGCCCUGCGUCUCGACCGCCAGCGAGCUCUUCAACAAGUGGAAGGAGUCUGAUGGCAAAAUGAGUCUUCCUAACGAUGUGAGUCUGGCAGUAUUUGCGGUCGGGGCUCGCACCGAGGAAGGAUGGAACUUCCUGUUUGAGAAGUACCGUGAAACAAUCUACACUUCUCUGAAGAGCCGGAUCAAGUCGGCCCUCUCCAUCACUCCUCUCGCUCACAAACUGAAAUGGAUGAUGGAGCAGAGUUUGGAGGGAUCGGUGAUGAAGACACAGGACCUGCCGUAUGUCGUGGUGGCCAUCAGUAGGAACCCUAAAGGUUAUAAACACACCUGGGACUUCCUGAGGGCAAACUGGGACUCGCUGGUGAAGAAGUUCGACCUCGGGUCCCACUCCAUAGCGCACAUGGUGACAGGCGUGACCAGCCAGUACUCCACCAGAGAGAAGCUGGAGGAGAUUCGCAGCUUCUUCGGUUCUCUGAGUGCCGAGACGGGCGCUGAGCUGAGGUGCAUCCAGCAGGCGCUGGAGAAUGUGGAGGAGAACAUCCGAUGGAUGGACAAGAACCUGCCCCUGCUGCAGGCCUGGCUGGAUAAGAACCAUCUGGAGCCACAGAAGCGCUAUGACUUGCACACUGACCUGUGAAGAUCCAAAAUCAGCCAGUGCCUCGUCACCUG